AUGGCUGGUCUGAGCAAUGCCACACUCACCAUUUUGGGAACAGGAAACAUCACAAAGCCCAUUGUGAAGAAUCUGCUUCCUGCUAUCAAGGCCGGCAAGACAGAUCUGCCUUUCACAAAGAUUAUCGCUUGCGUGCGAUCAGAAGGUUCAGAGUCCAAGCUUAAUGACCAGUUCUCGGAGUACAGCAACAUUUUGACUGUAUCUCGUGGCGACAAUGUCAAAGCUGUUCAGAACGGCGACGUAAUCGUCUUGGGCGUUGAUCCAGCUGAUAUUGCUGAUGUUCUCAUCCAAGACGGUAUUCGCGAUGCGUUAUCAGGCAAACUUCUUAUCAGUGUAGCCGCUGGCUGGACAAAGGAGAAACUCGAAUCUACACUCUAUGGCAGCGAGACAACCAAAGAGAAUGCCUCCGGCAGGGCCUGGGUAAUUCGAACUCUGCCCAAUAUCGCAUGCAUGGUCUCAGAGGGUCUUAUCGCCAUUGAGAAAUCACCUACCGAGCCUCAAGUCCCAGCAGAGCUUAUGGAUCUCACCAAGAACCUCUUCAACACCAUCGGCAGAACUACCGAAGUCGCUCCACGCCUUAUGAACGCCACUACCGCCGUUGGAGGCUCUACUCCAGCAAUGUGGGCUAUCAUCUGCGACGCCUUCAUCGACGCGUCUGUGGCCGUUGGUGUACCCAGGGCUACUGCACAGACUAUGAUCUACCAGUCCAUGAGGGGUUCAGCUGCAAUGCUUCAGAGUGGACUGCAGCCGGGUGAUUUGAGAGAUCAGGGGACUUCGCCUGAGGGCUGCACCAUCGGAGGAAUCAUGGUUCUAGAAGAAGCGGGAGUCAGGGGCCAUCUUGGACGUGCACUACGGGAAGCGGUUACUCUGGCAAGGCUGAUGGAGACUACGACUCAUGUCAAUGAUACACGCCCGACUUCAUAG